AUGGCGGAAUCAAGCAGCCAGGCCGAGAUGAACCCGCGCGGCAUCCCCACCGCCCCCUUCGUCGAAGACGUCGAGGCCUUUGUCGACUCCCGCGCCGACAUCGAGCCGAACCUGAAGAAGUUCCAGGAGAUGAUUGCGAAGUACCAGUUCAUGGAGAUGAACACGCAGCGCCGCGCCGCGGGGCUGAGGGAUAAGAUCCCGGAUAUCCAGAAGACGCUGGACACGGUCACCUUUUUGGGGUCGCGGAAUGAUUCGAGUAAGGCGAUUGAUGCGACGUUCGAGCUGAAUGAUACCCUGUAUGCGAAGGCGAAGAUCAACGCGACGGAUGAGGUUUAUCUGUGGCUUGGUGCAAACGUGAUGCUGUCGUACCCCGUCGACGAGGCCAAGAAGCUCCUGACGGGGAAACUGAUGGCCGCGAAGGAGAGCUUGGGCAACUGUGAGGAGGACCUGGACUUUUUGAGGCAGCAGAUCACGACGCUGGAGGUGAACACGGCACGGUUGUAUAACUACGAGGUCACCCUCAAGAGGAAGGAGAAGGAGGAGGCUGAGAAGGCAGCCGAGGAGGAUAAAUAG